GCGGCGACCGGCCUCCCGGGCCAGGUGGCCACCGGCGGCACGCUGGCGGCUGGUGGGCCUCUGCGCCGAGGCCUCGUUGAGCCCGUGGGCUUGGCGCGGGCGCGCCGGCGAACGAGGUGGUCCACGACCGCUCGUCUGUCUUGCAGGCGCGAACAGGCGGGCAAGAGGGCGUCGCCGAAAGUCUUCCCCCCUCCUGGCCGCACGCCCCACGUGCCGGGUGCGGACCGAAGUGGCCUUGUCGGCAGCCUUCCGACUCCUCCGAUUCGGUUGGAUCCGAUUUCGAAGGGUUCCGAUUCCGAUUCGCCUUCGAAUUCCGAUGUGGACUCCGAUGUUUCCAACGGCGGCCUUACUGGCCUGCCGACUCCCGCCGAUUCGACUUCUCCUGACUUGGCUGCCGAUUUCCGCCGAGAGGGGGCCCCCGUGCGCGACGUCUGGAGGCCGCGUGGACCUCCCUGGAGGACCUGGAGCCGCCUCGUGCCAGCCAGGGGCACGUCGGCCACGCCCGAAGGCGGCUGGCAUUGGCCCUCCCGCAGCUGCUCUCGAGCUCCCGACACCCCGGACGGAGUCUUCGGUGGCCGGCGCCAGCCAGCCGCCGCCGCGAAGCGCAGUCGGCGCGGUGCCGCCCUCUGUCCUGGCGCAUAUUUGUAA